GACGACCCCCGCUUCCACCCCCACCCCCACCUCCGCAUCAACCCCGAGGACCUCCACUCCAGGCUCAUCACCGCCGAGCAGCUCAGGCUUCACGCCCGGCUCCACGAUAAGGACAGGUGCUCGCCUGAAUUGGAGAGGUCAAGGUCACGAGAGGAGGAUAGGUAUACGCCUCUCCAUGUACGAAUGGAAGAGGAUAGGCAACUACAAACUAGGUUAGAAGAAGAAAAAGCAGCGGUGCAUAAAAGACUUUCGCCAGGUGGCGAGCCAAUUAGAAGAACUGACAACUUAUCUCCUGUUCAUAAUGAUGCAGGAGUCAACGGUGUCGGAGAUGAUAGCAGCAGUAGCAUCUCAAGUUCGAUUGCUGACGAGAGAGGAGGUGCCCUGAAUCUAGUAACCGAUACGUCACUUCGACAUUCGCCUAAUGGUGAAGGUAGUCCUGUGGCGGGUAGCAAUCAAACAGCAAGCGUUCAAGCAGCUUUAGCGGCGCUGCAGGCUGGUCAGCUUUCUCUAAAUCAGUUGAUGAGCCUCGGUGCAGCACAAGGCCAAUCACUUCUACUCCAGAACCAGCUGUCAGGCGGUCUGCCGCUUCCAAACCUCUCGUCCCUGAACCCUCAGGAACUUUCAUCGCUUCAGCAAACGCUUCAGCAGCACCAGCACUCGCUUCAACAGCAACUCCAGCAGUUCUGCCUCUUUCAACCCAACGCCGGCCAGCAGCUCCCUCCGCAGGCACAAUUCUUCCUACAAAAUCAGGGUGUAUUGCCUCAUAGGUUUCCUCCCCGACAGAACAUACCUCCUCCUCGCAGCACCACUCACUCUAUCCAGGUGCAACAGGCGGUGGCGCAGGCUGCUCAGCAGAUCCAAAAUUUGCAGAAGCAACAGCAACAACAGCAGCAACAGCAUCAGCAGCAGCAGCAGCAACAUCACAAUCAACACCACAACCAACCGCCUCAGACACCCACAAGCACGAGCGCCGGCAGCGGAGUGCACCAUAUCAAAGCCGCCAAUCAAAACUCAAGACUACUAGAGGUGGACGACACCACAGACUUAGAAGAAUUAGAGCAAUUUGCGAAGACUUUCAAGCAACGUAGGAUUAAAUUAGGUUUUACUCAGGGUGAUGUGGGUCUGGCGAUGGGGAAGCUUUACGGGAACGACUUCUCGCAGACGACCAUCUCCCGGUUCGAGGCUCUGAACCUCUCGUUCAAGAACAUGUGCAAGCUGAAGCCGCUGCUCCAGAAGUGGUUGUCGGACGCGGACAGCACGAUGACGAACCCGAGCGCGCUGAGCAACCCGCUGACGACCCCGGAGGCCAUCGGGCGUCGCCGCAAGAAGCGCACCUCCAUCGAGACCAGCGUCCGCGUCGCCUUAGAGAAGGCCUUCCUCCAGAACCCCAAGCCGACCUCCGAGGAGAUCUCUAUUCUUGCCGACAGCCUCACCAUGGAGAAAGAGGUCGUCAGGGUCUGGUUCUGCAAUAGGCGGCAAAAGGAGAAGCGGAUCAACCCGCCGAACGCGGCGAUGGGGAGUCCAACAUCAAACAUGUUCUCAACACCCUUGAGUAGCAACGGGAACGGCAUGCCUAGCCCCCUCGCCCUGGUUGGGCCCGGCGGUCACACUUUCAAUGCCCAUCCAGGCAAUGACUGACAAUGGUUCGGCCACGGACCUGACUCUCCUGAAUGACUGACUACGUGAUAUGAAACUGCCGUGUUCGAUCCGGACGAGAGAUGACUUGCGUGGGAGUGAAAUACUCUUUUGAAACAUCACUAGAUUAGAAUGCUGCCUUUAUUGUAAGUCUAACACUUUAUCAUAUCAUACCAGUAACCAAUUAGACCAUCCGACUUUUGUGAUGAAAGGUAUAAUUUAUUGUCUUGUAAUUUUGCUUUGUCAAUGUGGCCCAAUCUCACAGAAGCAUUUCAAAAAUCUGUCCAAUGAGGAUGACUCCGACCUCAGCAAAACAUCAUUUGGACGAAUUCAUGCUAAAAAGAACUAUGUGCAUAGGGGUUUCCGUGUGACAUAGUUCCUUUUAGCAUGAAUACGUCCAUUUCGUCGUUUCCCUCGCGAAAGAACGUAACUACAUUUCAAUGUUGCCAAAUUUUCCCUCGCAUACUGCAAUUUUAUAAGGAGAAUCCCGAGCGUUUCUUACUGGAAAUUUCCAUUUUUUUUCAGUUUUCACAAUUUUUCCUCUGAUCUCACCCAAAAAUCAGAAACAUUUUUGACAAAAACUGCACUGUACAUUCGUGUAAGAAAUUGAAUUGUUUGAGUCAAUUUUGCAACUUUGGAAUGUAGGUACGUUCUUUCGUCCGGGUAACGACAAUCUGAGGGGCUUGCAGGACAAGGUGCAUAAAAGCAGUUUUUUGGAAAAAAUAGAAAUACAAUGGUUUCAACUAAAACUAGUCCAUAGUAAAACUAUAUUCAGAGAAAAAUUCGCUGCUGAAAUCCAAUUUUAAGCAUCAAAAAGUGAGUUUGAACUUUCGAUUAACUUUUAAUUAGUAAUUUUGAAGCUUUCAACACGUUUUUCUUGAAAUAGUAAAAACUGCACUUGUGUGCCUUGUCCUCCAAGCCCCCAAUUUCUGUCUCUUUUUGCUGUUUCAUUCCAUUUAAAGGUAUUUAAUUUAGGUACACAACCUUGGCAUUAUACUCCACUGAACUUUAGGUGAUCCCCUAUUUGAGCAACAAAAAAUUCCUUUUUUAUCGACUGACAGAUCAAGAAAUGUGUCAAAAUCUCUAUGAUCAAGUCAGAAUGCAUUUUGUUCGGCAUCUAGUUUACAGAGCCAACUCGUUGUGCGAAUUGAUGGAUACAAAGUGCCUUUUCCUGGAUAAUAUUUCUAGCCGGCAUGAAACAGCAAAGAGAAUGAUUUCACAGUCUAACUGCUUUUUGAAGCCAGAGAAAGGCCCUUAUUUAUGAAGCCAUCUUUUGGUAAAGUGACGAAGAGUUUCUUGUCUUUUGCAUUGACACAUUGCUAGAGCUUAUCUUCAAAGUAUGUGUUCAAAAGUAGAUACCUACUACACAGUAACGUCUCCUCUAUACGGAUCCUCCCUAGCAAAUCUAGGACUUGCACACUAGUCGCUAGUUCUCUAACAUGAAUGUAUACUGAAUAGGAAACAAAUUAUAGAAUAAUACUUAAUUCUAGGUCAAAAUGAAACCAAUGAUUAUUGUAUGCAUUUUAAUAGUUAACAGUAAAUCCUUUCCUAGAUUUUUUUUCUUUAAAUAUUGAAAUAAUAUGGGACUCUGUAUUUUUCUGUUGUAAAUGGAGCAACUUUCCUUUAGCUUGAAGCAAUGCUCCCCUGAAACUCGUCUCCUUCAUUCAUUUAUUUAUUUAUUUAUUUAUUUAUUUAUUUUUUUGUAUUAAUAAUGAAAAGUUCACAGUAUAUGAAAGAAGGGAAAACAAGUUCAAAUCAAGUUUUUUUCAGUCAAAUGAAUUGUCUCAGUUAAUCAGCUCAUCAGUAGGAACAAGAUUGUUCUAAUUAAUGUACCUAUCUGAUACUUAAAAGAUAUCUAAAUACAUAUCCGCUUAGUUACUGUUUAUAUUAUAACAAAUUUUGUCCUUCAUUUUCUCUUUUUAACAUGUCUCUGCUAAAAUGUAUACUAUUCAAACCAUAAGAACCGAGAAAUAGAAAAAAUUACGAUGAGUUUCUAUGUGACGAAAUUAGUUUAUUUUUCAAUGAUGAAUUUUGAGUCUCUCUUAUAUCAUUAUUUUGUAAUUAAUUUUUGUAGACUGUAAAUCAUUUUACCGACUAUUGUUGUAUUAGAUUGUGUUUUAUAUGUAAUGUACAAUAUUUUAAGACAAAAUCUCUUUUUGUUUUCACAAUCGACAAGGUAUACUGAAUCAUUACCUGAAAAUGCAAUAUUUGUUUAAUUAAUUAAUGAAUACAUUAGCGUGUGAAUAUUUUGUUACUCAAUCGUGAACAUGUUUUGAUAAUUUAAUUGGUUAUAAUUGUACAUGUAAUUAAAUUUCGUUUGUUGUUUACGUUCUGUUAAGAAGAAUUGCAUAAAAUUACAUUUGUAAAACAAUGAAAAUUAAUCUUGCCCUUCGUUUAGAGUGAAAACAGUUCAAAAAUAUUGCCCCUUCAUCAAGUUUAUUAGGACUUGUCGUUUUUUUUGUUGUUGUUUUUUAUAAAUCGAAGAGAAAAAAACAAAAUUCUUAAAAUCUCGGAUGAUUUCGGGAGAACUGUUGACCUCUAAUAAAUACUUGAAAUGCUGCAUUGUUCGCAAAAUACCUAGGGGUACUUUCUUUUCUCUUUCAUGGGAAAUGUAUCCAGGAGAUACCAAAAGGAAAGAGAUCCCUCCCUCUCAACCCAUCAGAGGUUAGAGUUUACUUUUACACUAAAAAGAAGAAUAUCUUAUAAAACGCUUCUCAAUCCAGCCCUCUGAUUUUGCUACGGUUACACUUUUUAUUUUGCGUGUAACGACAGUCUCUUUUUCAAGCAAAGUAGUUGCCCGUCGUUCAUAUUUGUCACUGGCUAUAACUUUCUACCUCUCCCUCAUUUCUUCCGCAACAACAUAAAGACAGUAAUAGCGUUUUUCACAGUGAUAUAUUGUAGAACAUUGGAUGGAUGCCAGAUUUAGAAUACACCCAGACAAAUCUAACAAUUCUUCUAAAUCUAGUGUAAAAAGUGAAAGUUCCUAUUUGUCUGAGACUCAAAAGAAUUCGGACAAAAACGUCAAGCUUAUUUUUAUAGUCAUUUUUCAUAUAACUUAGUGAUUGUUUCUGUUUGUAUACUUACACAGAAUAAUGUAAAAAAAAGUCAUUAAAAUUUGUAAAUAAUGUCCCCAUAUCCUAUGUCUCCUACCUACUCGUCCCUCCAGUCCCUUGUAUCUUUUGUACAUUCAUUAUUUAUUUUUUAUAUAAUUUAUGCAGUCAAGCAUUGAACUUUAAAUUUUAUGUUCGUAAACACUAUUUUGAUUUUGUUUUAUUUAUGAAAUAUACAUUUAUGUUAAUUUCCAAAUCCA